ACCCACGGGUUGAAUUACACUCGUCUGGAAGUGGAUGGAUAUCGAUUGAGAUUGCCUUUCGAGUAGUGAGAGACAGACAAGAGAGAGAAGCCAAUUUGGGACCAGCCACCACACCCUCUUCACCUUUCUCUUCUCUCAGACUCAGAUUAAUCAAUCACGGAAUCUGAAUCGCGGGAUUAGGAUUCGUGUGUGACCGAGCGGAACAUGCAACAGAGGCUGAAGUUGCAGCAACAACAACAACAAGCCCUCAUGCAGCAAGCUUUGCUUCAGCAGCAGCAGAUGUACCACCCUGGCAUGCUCGCCGCUGCCAUGUCUCAGAUGGAGCCCGUUCCAAGUGGAAAUCUGCCUCCUGGUUUUGAUGCUUCUUCUUGCCGUAGUGUUUAUGUAGGAAAUAUUCAUGUAAAUGUUACCGAUAAGCUUCUCGCAGAAGUUUUUCAGAGUGCUGGCCCUCUUGCUGGGUGCAAGCUCAUAAGAAAAGAAAAGUCCUCUUAUGGUUUUGUGGACUACCAUGAUCGAGCAUCUGCAGCCCUUGCCAUAAUGACAUUGCAUGGACGACAACUAUAUGGGCAAGCACUUAAGGUCAAUUGGGCAUAUGCCAAUAGCAGUAGGGAGGAUACCUCAGGUCACUUCAAUGUAUUUGUUGGUGAUUUGAGUCCAGAGGUUACUGAUGCAACUUUAUUUGCUUGCUUCUCAGUCUAUCCUAGUUGUUCUGAUGCAAGGGUUAUGUGGGAUCACAAAACUGGUCGCUCAAAAGGAUAUGGUUUUGUUUCUUUUCGUGAUCAUCAGGAUGCUCAAAGUUCCAUAAAUGAUAUGACGGGUAAAUGGCUGGGAAAUAGGCAAAUACGAUGCAACUGGGCAACUAAGGGUGCUGGUGGAAGCUCUAGUGAAGAGAAGAACAGUGACAAUCAAAAUGCUGUCGUGCUUACUAAUGGAUCUUCAGAUGGAGGUCAGGAUAAUAACAAUGAGGAGGCUCCUGAAAACAAUCCUUCAUAUACCACAGUUUAUGUCGGCAACCUUCCCCAUGAUGUAACGCAAGCUGAACUCCAUUGUCAGUUCCAUGCACUGGGGGCUGGGGUGAUUGAGGAGGUCCGAAUUCAGCGGGAUAAGGGUUUUGGAUUUGUCAGAUACAACACUCAUGAGGAAGCAGCAUUGGCCAUUCAGGUGGCUAAUGGCAGAAUAGUUCGUGGGAAGACUAUGAAGUGUUCAUGGGGUAGCAGACCAACUCCUCCGGGAACUGCUUCAAACCCACUACCUCCUCCUGCUGCUCAACCAUAUCAAAUACUUCCCACUGCAGGGAUGAACCAGGGCUAUUCUCCUGCCGAGUUGUUGGCCUAUCAGCGCCAAUUGGCCCUGAGUCAGGCUGCUGUAUCUGGCCUUUCAGGUCAAGCUCUUCUGCAAAUGACCGGCCAACACGGCCUAGCCCCCGCUUCAAUGGGCAUCAACACCGGGGCAUCUCAAGCCAUGUAUGAUGGAUAUGCUGGUAAUUCAUCAAGACAGCAGCUUAUGUACUAUCGUUGAGGUAUUGAUGCGGAUCACAUUUAUCUUUGCUUCCACACAAUAGCUUGUCCUUUUCAAACUGGGUUUUUUUAUUGAGGUAUUGUGGCUUGAUGAUUAUGUACUUAAUAUUUAUGUCGUGUUGUAAUUUGUAUUGUUUGAUCUACUCCGAGGGUUUGAUGACUCCAAAAAAGGUAUCUAUGUUUUUCUAGAAAGGGCAGAGAGAGUUUCAUGUUUAAGUAGUUUUUAUUAUUGUUUUUGUAUAUUUAUUGAAUAUUAAGACAAGUUCAUGUUGAUAA